UAGCAUAGAGGCACCGCUAAGCUAGCAGCAUCAAGAGCUAGCGGUCCAACCUACGGGAACACAACACAGGGGCUCGCACCGCAGAACGCCAGGCCAACCAUGCUGCCGCUCAUCCGCAAGUACUCGCCUCUGUUCGGCGGCUCUCUGGUGGACCUGUCGCAGGUGGAGGAGGAGAGGAAGGCUCCUGUGGAGCCGAGCGGACUGCGUAGGGUCAAGACCGAGAGGGGAAAGCCGAAGGAGGGCCGUCCCCGCAAGAAGGAGCCUCUCCGGGCCACUAAGUCGCACCCCAUCGGCAAGCCCGUGCCGCAAACCCACUUCGUGCCGCCCGCGGUCUACCUACAGGACUACGAGGAGAGUUGUCAGAACUCCGACUCCAGAAGAGGGGCCUUUAGCAGAAAGCACUAUGGCUCUGUGGAACUGCUCAUCUCGUGCACGGCGGACGGGGCCGUACAGGGAGCCGGCCGCUUCCGGGUCGAGAACGGCGAGAACAAUGAGGCCUUAUCGGGCGGAACCGGAAGCUCGAACAUCGCUCUCCUGGAGAACCCAGAGUGCCAGACCAGAUGGUACUUCAAGUACUUCCUGGGCAAAGUUCAUCAGAACUACGUGGGUUUGGACGAGGACAGAAGCCCGUUCUUCCUGUCCGUCGUGCUGACCGAUGCCAACAACCACAACGUGCCACAGUACAGGGCCAUUCUAUGGAGAAAAACGGGAACCCAGAAGCUCUGCCUUCCCCACAACCCUAGCAAGCCAUUGUCCAUCAAGUCUAUACUUAGCUCUUUCUCUUUAGAUAAAAUGGAGAGAGGACCAAAAGAAAUCUUAAGUGCUGAAAUACAAAAGGACCUGCUGCAACUAGAAGAACAGGAGGGCGCGGUGAAUUUCAAGUUCGGAGUUCUGUACGCCAAGUCUGGGCAGACGACGGACGAUGAGAUGUUUAGUAACGAGUGUGGAAGCGACAAUUUCGACAACUUUGUCCAAAUUCUCGGUGAGGACAUCACGUUAAAAGGAUGGGACAGGUACCGCGGGGGCCUUGAUACGAAAAAUAAUACGACAGGUAUCAAGUCUGUCUACACAGUCUACCAGGGUCACGAGAUCAUGUUCCACGUCUCUACUGCACUUCCCUACUCCAAAGACAACAGACAACAGGUGGAGAGAAAAAGACAUAUCGGGAACGACAUCGUGUGUAUCGUGUUCCAGGAGAUGGAGGGGGACGAGGACGAGACGCCGUCCUUCAAACCUUCCAUGCUCAAGUCACACUUCACUCAUAUUUUUGCUCUGGUCACGUUCGACAGAAGAGACGAAUCUUACAGACUAACGGUGUUCUCGGAGGAAUCAGUGCCUUUAUUUUACCCUCCGCUGCCCUCUCCACCGGUCUUCAAGGACUCACAGGAGUUUAGGGAGUUUCUGCUUGUCAAAUUGAUUAACGGCGAAAAAGCCGCCCUGAACACUCCCGCGUUUGCCGAGAAGAGACAGAGAACGAUGGAUAUGCUGAUCAAGAAUCUGCACCAGGAGUACAUGCAGGAGAUCAGCAAGAGUCCGCUCAACCUUCGCUCCCUGUCUGAGGUAAUCCCGGAGACUGUGACCUCCAUCAAGACCAAGAAGAAGGAGGAGGCUCGCCAAGCGGAAUUUCUUAGAGUAGGACAGGAACUGAAGUUGAACACGAUAGUCAAGGGUGACGCCCCGACCAGUAUGGCCACUACUGGACUGCUGUCUAAGCGAGAGCCGUGGGAACCACAGGUCCUACACUACGACUUUCCGCACCAGGUGCUGUGCGGAGACUCAUGGGGAGAGAGUCUCGUUGUUUCAACAGAGGCGGGCUGUUUUCUUAUCCAAGAAGAGGCUACCCCGAGAUUGCUAUUUGAUAAGUCAGUGCCAAUCAAACAGCUGAGCGUGGUGGAACACCAUGGACUGCUGCUGUUCAGAGCUGAGAAAGGUAAAGAGUGCAGAGUCCACGUCUUUCGUUUGUCGGACUUCGAGGGAGGGUACAACGAGGCCCUCGUGCGGACGAAAGCAGACUGCAAGGACCACAGACUCGAGAGAACGAAAGGCUGCCAUCUGUACGCGCUGAGCCGGCCGGGCGGCAGCUUCCUCCGCAUGGUGGUGGCGAUCAAGAACAAGCUGCUGCUGCUGACGUGGAAACACUCCGUGGCCUGGACGGCGUGGAACCCGUCAGCCGACACAGACACCGUGGAGGGAUUCAACUACAUCAGGGAGCUGACGAUUAACGACGUUCCGAGCGUGGUGACGCUGAUCGACGGCGGGCGGCAGGACAACAUGAUCUGCGUGGGCUACAAACACCAGUUCGACAUCGUCAACGAGAAGAACGGGAACACUUACAGACUGCAUCAGGUGGAGGGCAAUAAGGUGGAAUUAACAGAUGCCAUAGACGUGUACGAGGACGGAGAACCCAAGGUGCUGCUAUGUUACAACCACGUGUGCCAGCUGAAGUCCCUGUCUGACGCGGAGGAGACCACCGGUACGACCAAUGGCUUCGAGUUCGGAUGGAAUAGCGAGCCUCACGGAGUUGUGUGUGCCUUCCCCUACAUCCUGGCCUUCACGCCAGACGCCAUAGAGAUCCGGCUGCUGGUGAACGGGAACCUGGUCCACAGCAUGCCCAUGCCCAUGCUUCUACUCGUCACCUCAAAGUUUGACCUGUACUUCGUGUCUGCUAAGGACCCCAUCUCCAGCUGUAAGGACAACAAUAACGGCAGCACCAGUCCCACCAUCAGCUUCUCACCGCCUACCACCCCCACCACCGGUAAGGUGGACCUCCCCUGGGGGAAAGCACCUGUCACCAAGUACUGCGUGUACCAGAUCCCUCUCAGCUCAUUGGUCGGCCACGCCACGGACCGCGCAUGCGUGAAGCACGGCCCGGUGCCCACCAUGAUGUCCCCGCUUGUGCGGAUAGACGACACGGUGGUCCGCAACCGGCGGGAGCUCUUCAGCUACGGCCCGGGGCCUCAGAAGGCUCAACACCACGGACAACACCACCCCCACCGCCACCCGGGGGUCGGGGUAGCCCCCACGGUGGAUAAAGCCUCCCCCGCCACCCCCACGCCCCCCGGCCGCUUCCUCUCCCGACCCAACCGCCUGGAGUCCUGCAGCUCCGAACCUGACCCCUCCGUGACCUUCAGUCCGCCCCCCUCCCCCUUCCGGUUCUCCUCGGUGGACCAGGAGGAGGAUAUUGACCUGAAGUAACCUCUGAGUUCCCCGAGAUGCCCGGAUGUAUUAAAUUUGUAGGAUUUCGUUCAACUGUCUAGGGAAAAUGUUGUUUUUUUAAUAAUUCUUACGUUCUGGGAUGCUUCCCUAACAUGACUUCAUCAUAAUGUUUUCUUGUUCAAAACAAGCCUUCUUUUGUUUAUACUUCUAAAGAGAAUGAUGCUGUGUUAUAUGUUAAAGCUAGAUAUUUAACAGUGUGUGUUUUUCUGCGGUAUCAUUAUUUGUCUGGCCCGCUUACCCUUGUCACAGUGCUGAACUUGAACUAUGACAGAGAAGUUGCCAUUGUGAAUAUUGGUGAAGCGGUUCAGGAAAUGGCGUCAUCAUACGUCACUUCCUUUAGCCUUACUCAGGCCAA